UUGUCUUCUUUCCACACUUUUUACCUUGUCCACCGCUACUAUGUGUGGCAUGUGGCGACAAACAAAAUAUCGAUUCACUUGCUAAAAUUAAAAGGUGUCACUAAGGCAUUAGAAAUCACGCAACGUAAUUUUUUCACUUCGAGAAGCAAAGUGUUGAGAUUUUAUAUUAAAUAUGGCUGAAGGCACAUACGAAUAUGAAUGCAUGAGAGCGGAAUUGUUAGGGAUCGAGAAGCCAAAUGAGGAGGAAUUCGAGAAGGUGCGCGCCGAACGCUUGAAACGUGAACAAGAGGAGCAAGAGACUGCCGAGGCUGCGCUUUUAGAGCAACAGGAGGACCAAAUGCGUAAUGUAGGUGGACGUUUAGAUGAAUUGAAUACAAUACUCUCGUCGACACAGCAAAAAUUGAAUCGCUUCAAACAAACAGCCUGUGGUAGCCUCUCGAACAUAUUCAAUCGAGGCUCAGUAGAUUUAGUAGAUGGCACACCAUCCACCUCGGCGACAGCCAGUCGACGCAACACUACCGCAACUGGUGGCAGCAUUAGUGGUCAUAAUGAUGGCAAAAACGAUACAGACAUCAAUAGUACUGGAGAAGAUCGUGAUGGCAAGGAGCAGGAAGAUUCGGGAGACAUAAAGCCCAUCAUACCGACAGAGCGUAUCAAAGCCAAAAUGGAUAUACAAAAGAAGAUGAGCUCACAUUUAGACAAAUUAGACACAUUAAUUAACAAGGCCGAUAAUGCGGAAAUUUCAAUGUCAGAACAAACAAAGCAAAUGAGACAUAUGGCCAAGUAAGAGAACAAAAAGAGAGUGAGAGUGAGACGCGAGGACGGUAGGAUAGUAAAAUAAAUAAAAAGUAGUGGAUAUAGUAGUUUUAAGUGCACACACACUUGCAGGUGUUUAAAUGCUAAAAUGGAUAAAGAUUUAAAGCAAUUACCAAUUAAGAAAUUACAAAUCCAUAAAUAAAAUGGAUUAAAUCCGUAUACUAAGUAACGAUAUAUGUAUUCAAUUAAAAAGUUCUGUUACUUUCGGGUUUUAAUGUGUCACACAUCCAUACAUACAUACAUAUAAUGAAUGAGCUGAAAGGCGAAAACGGAAAGCAAAUAAGAAGUUUUAGGUUAAGUACUUCAUAUCCGCUAGGCGGUUUGUAACGCUUAGCAGCCGUUGUUAGGAAAUAUUUUCGGGUUGGCUUUCUAUUGAUACCACGUUAAAUUUGCUUAUAAUGUCUAAGUGUGUGGAUCGAAUUUAAAAUGUAUAACACACAAACGUAGUCACUAUAUCAGCCUUUUGAUUUAUAGUACUUUUUAUAAAUUACCAUUAAGAAUUAAUAGCAAUAUUUAACGUUAAAAAUGCUUAAGUUUUGCAUAAGCUUGAAAAAUGCCCUAUUACAGACGCUUAAAAAACAAAAAAUAAAUAGUUGGCGCGUACACUUCUGUUAGGUGUUUGGCUGAGCUCCUCCUCCUAUUUGUGGUGUGCGUCUUGAUGUUGUUCCACAAAUUACAGACGCUUAUUUUACUUAAAUACUUUACUUUAAUACAAACACAGGAACACUCAUAAACACUCUUUAUUAAUUCAAGAUUUGAUUUAAAGCUAUUUUUACUCAAUAAUACUACUCAAUUUAUUAAAAUGUUAAUUAUUAUUACAAAUGUUCUUCUAAACGUUUGUAAUAACGUGCAAAAUAAAUAUGCGUAACGAACUGCGAAAGGAAUGGCGAUAGUGGGAAAAGAAUAGAGAAAUAAAAAAUUCAAUUAACCUUUGGCCUUCGAUAAAUCAUUAUUUUCAAAAAUAGUAAAAAAUUGGACUAAAAAAGGAAUGAUGAAAUAAUAUUUUCAUAAAUAGUGAAAAUUUGGACUAAAAAAUUGCGAUAAAAUAAUAUUUUCAUAAAAGGUGACAAAUUGGAAUAAAAAAUCGCGCGAUGAAUCGUUAAAUCAUUAUUUUCAAAAAUAGUGAAAAUUUGCGAUGAAAUUAUAUUUUCAUAAAAAGUGACAAUUUGGAAUAAAAAUACGCGCGAUUUAUUAGUCUAAAUUUUCGCCUGCGGCGUUUUUUUGUUUGGAAAUGUACAUACUA